UCUCCCCACCAAAGCAAUGCCUCUCGACUCUCAACCCACCCACAGGAUCUUGCGGCAGGUGUGUUUUUGUUGUCAGUGGCCAAGGUUGGGACUAACCAACACUUGCUUCUCUGUUCUUGUUGGUCCUCUACACCACCAAGAGCUUUCUAUUUGAUUGGUCCUUUCUUGGUGUGUCCAACUUCACUGUCGGCAGACGAAGCAACACAAAUCCAAGAUCAUCAGAUGUUUCCGUGUUCAUGUCAACCAAAGUUGCCUCCUUUAUGUCAUAUGAGAUGCGAGAAAGUUCCAAGACGCUCGAGGGACGAUUCAUCAGCUCUUCCCGCGUUAACCUCGGAAUGAGUUGUUUGGGCGAGACAGCGUUAAACCUCCAAUCAUACCAACAAAGCAACAGCAAAGAGGACGACAAGAGGGAAAGACCCUAUUUUUGAAGUGAAGAAGCUCGAAAAGAUCCGACCUUUCUAUCUUUGGGCGGCUUCCACCCGUGCUGGAUCCCCUGUCCCUCCUAUUCUUGCUCUGUUGCCUGCGUGAUCUUUCCCAAUUAAUCUGGCCAGAGGUGGAAGGCGAUGCAGAACGCAAUUAUCACACGGUGGAGGAGAAAGAGAACAGAGUUAAAUGUCUCAUUAUUCUACGUUCAGAGGGAUUGUAGCCCGUCCGGCAUCUUCUUCUCCUCCUUUCUUUCUUCGUUCCCAUCACAUUGGUGCCCAGAGAUUGCCGUGCUGGUGACCGGCAAGCUAUAGGCCGUGAUGGGUUGCGUCGCGUCGAAAGUCCCUGUUACGCCCGCGGCAGACUCCUCGGGCGUCUCGGGGAGCCUUGAGACGUCCAGGGACCUUCUGCCGGCCUCGUCGUCGCUGUGGAACGAACCUCGGGUCGAUAAUGAUGAGUUCGGGGACCAAAGCGAGUCGGAGAAAUCUGGGAAUGUUGAGUCGGCCGGCGACAGUUCGGAGAACUUUCAGGUGCGGAAUAUGAAUCGGUGCACCGAGGGAGAGCAGGUUGCCGCAGGAUGGCCGUCAUGGCUGAGCAGUGUCGCCAGAGAAGCCAUUCAGGGAUGGGUGCCCCUCAAAGCUGACUCCUUUGAGAAAUUAGGGAAGAUCGGGCAAGGUACCUAUAGCAGUGUGUUUAGAGCUCGCGAGAUUGAUACGGGGAGGAUUGUUGCUCUGAAGAAGGUGCACUUUGACAAUUUUGAGCCUGAGAGUGUUAGAUUUAUGGCAAGGGAGAUACAGAUCCUCCGCAAGCUUGAUCAUCCAAAUAUCAUGAAGCUGGAGGGUAUAAUUACUUCUCGGUUAUCAUGUAGUAUAUACCUUGUUUUCGAAUAUAUGGAGCAUGAUCUUGCAGGGCUAUCAUCCUCUCCAGACAUCAACUUUAGUGAACAACAGAUCAAAUGCUAUAUGAAACAGUUACUAUCUGGGAUUGAACAGUGUCAUUCACGCGGUAUCAUUCAUCGUGACAUCAAAUGUGCAAACCUUUUAGUUAACAAUGAAGGCAUUCUGAAGGUUGCUGAUUUCGGUUUGGCGAACAUCUUGAAUCCCGGGGAAAAACAACCACUAACAAGCCGAGUUGUGACGUUAUGGUAUCGUCCACCUGAGCUUCUCCUAGGAUCAACGGAUUAUGAUGCCUCUGUGGAUUUGUGGAGCGUCGGAUGUGUAUUUGCAGAACUCUUUCUUGGGAUGCCUAUCUUACAAGGAAGAACAGAGGUUGAACAAAUGCAUAAAAUCUUUAAGCUCUGUGGCUCUCCACCAGAAGACUAUUGGAAGAAAUCCAAGACGCCCCAUGCAACGGUUUUUAAGCCUCAACAUCCUUAUGAGAGUUGCCUCCAAACGACAUAUAACUUUUUACCAGAAAGUGCGUUGAAAUUGUUAGGAACAUUUUUGUCAAUCGAACCUGAUAAACGUGGCACAGCUUCUACUGCUCUUACUUCUGAGUAUUUUAGGGCAAAGCCUUAUGCAAGCGAUCCAUCUAGCUUGCCCAAGUACCAACCAAACAAAGAAAUUGAUGCAAAGUUCCGUGAGGAGUCUCGCAGGAGGGGUGUCAAUGGCAGAUUACGUGUUGCAGAGGCAACAGGAAAACCUUCAAGAGCAAAUAAGCCUUCACAUGAAUCAAACAAUCUAGCAAAAAUAGCAUCUCAAGGAGAGGGUUUGAAAAUUGCUCAAGGAACCAACAGAAGUGGCCCAAAACGAGAUAUUUCAGGAGUAAACGGUCAGCAACAGAUACCAACUGCUAGAUCCAGGGAUGAGCAUCGACAAGCGAAGCCAAUCUCUCAAGGAGACACUUACUCAGGUCCCUUGAUUGUCUCUGCUUGCACCGGCUUUGCAUGUACAAAGAAACCGAAAGACGACCAUCCACACAUCAAACCACAGGCUAAAACCAGAUCCAGACAGGACAAAUUGGGGAAGUUGGAUCCAUCAAAUAAUUCACAGGUGAAGAGUGCUUUCAAGUUUAAUGGAGAAGAGAAUGGAUAUCUUGGAUAUGCUCCCCAUUCUAAUUCGAAAGGCCACAAGCCCUAUGAGUCAACAAAGGAUGCAAUGCUGAAGCAAUGGUUACAUCCAGAACUUCAAGACUCAAUGCAUUCUUUUGCUGCCUAUCAUCCUCGUGAUGCAGUGGUACUAUCUAAGAAUCAGGGCCUGGGUUACAGAGAUCGAGCAGAAAAGGUGGAUUUCUCGGGGCCCGUACUUCUCCAAUCAGAAAAGGUUGAUGAAUUUCUGGAGAAACAUGAACAGCAUGUCCGCAAAGCUAUGAGAAAAUCAUGGUUCCAAAGAGGGCAAAAACAGGGACUCUAGAGAGACAUGGAGGUGCUACUUUCUACUGGCAGAAGUAGGUGGCCUCAACAUAGACAGAGAUCAAUUUGGAGCAUUAACAGUCAGAUGCAAGUUGUGCUUGUAAUUGGUGAACUCAGUGCUUGAAAUUCCGACGCAUUGAUACUGCAGGGCUUUUCCAUUUUGAGACAUAUAGCGAGCACCAAAGUUUGUGAUUUGGAGUCUUCUUCUUUUGAAUUUGUACUCAAAUACCGUUUGUGGAAAUCCCAUUCUAGGGAUUAACACUAAGCAUUUCUCUUAAAUGUGGCUAUCUUUUUGGUGCUGCAAAAGCCUGGAUGCAGGUGAAGAUUGUAUAAGACAACAUAUAUAAAGUUCCAAACUUCAAAGU